ACUGCCACCAUGUCAUUCGGCGGACAAACACCGACGAUAGUCGUGCUGCGAGAGGGCACCGACCAGUCUCAAGGUCGAGGACAAAUAAUAUCCAACAUCAAUGCCUGCCUCGCUGUCCAGUCAACAAUAAAGGGAACUCUGGGCCCGUACGGUGGUGACUUGCUCAUGGUGGACGAGAACCAACGGCAGACAAUCACCAAUGAUGGCGCGACCGUCAUGAAACUGCUCGACAUCGUUCACCCCGCUGCCCGCAUCCUUACCGACAUUGCCCGCUCGCAAGACGCCGAAGUAGGAGAUGGAACAACAUCGGUCGUUGUGCUCGCGGGAGAGAUACUGAAGGAGAUCAAGGACUAUGUGGAACAGGGCGUCAGUAGCCAGACCAUUAUGAAGGGUCUGCGGAGAGCUUCCAACCUCGCCGUGAACAAGGUCAUGGAGAUUGCAGUGGAUACUGCCGAGGGAAACCAGCGCGAGACGUUGCAGAAGCUUGCUGCCACCGCUAUGAGCAGCAAACUCAUCCACCGGAAUUCGGACUUCUUCACAAAAAUGGUCGUGGACGCUGUUUUGUCGCUGGACCAGGACGAUUUGAAUGAGAAGCUCAUUGGCGUCAAAAAAAUCACUGGUGGUGCUCUUCAAGAUUCGCUUUUCGUUAACGGUGUCGCUUUCAAGAAGACUUUCUCCUACGCAGGUUUUGAACAACAGCCCAAGACCUUCGACAACCCCAAGAUUGUGUGUUUGAAUGUGGAAUUGGAGCUCAAGAGCGAGAAGGACAACGCCGAGGUUCGAGUGGAGCAGGUAUCUGAAUACCAAGCCAUCGUGGAUGCGGAAUGGCAGAUUAUCUUCAACAAGAUGGAAGCCUUGUACAAGACAGGUGCUCAGGUUGUUCUGAGCAAGCUACCCAUCGGCGAUUUGGCGACACAAUACUUCGCCGACCGAAACGUAUUCUGUGCUGGCCGAGUGGCCUCGGAUGAUUUGGAACGUGUGUGCCGGGCAACAGGCGCGAGCGUGCAGUCCACCUGCUCCGACAUUCAGCCCAAGCAUCUCGGUACCUGCGAGAAGUUUGAGGAGCGCCAAAUUGGUGGUGAGCGAUUCAACUUCUUCGAGGGUUGCCCAGAGGCCAAGACAUGCACUCUCGUGCUCCGUGGAGGUGCCGAACAGUUCAUUGCCGAGGUGGAGAGAAGUCUCCACGAUGCCAUCAUGAUCGUCAAGCGUGCGAUCAAGAACAAGAACAUCGUUGCAGGCGGUGGCGCCUGUGAAAUGGAAGUCUCCGCCUACCUCCAUGCGUAUGCUGACAAGGACGUGCGAAACAAGCAACAGCCCAUCAUCAAAGCAUUCGCCAAAGCGCUGGAAGUGAUACCCAGGCAAUUGUGCGAUAACGCGGGUAUCGAUGCGACCGACAUCCUCAACCGUCUCCGUGUAGAGCACAAGAGGGGCAACAUCUGGGCCGGUGUAGAUUUCGUGAAUGAUGGCAUCGCGAACAACAUGGAGAGGUUUGUCUGGGAGCCUAGCUUGGUCAAGGUCAACGCUCUGCAAGCAGCCACUGAGGCCGCCUGUUUGAUCUUGAGCGUGGAUGAGACGAUAAAGAACCAAGAAUCGGCUGCUCCCCAGGCACCGAACCAAGCCCUACCCCCAGGCGCAGCACAGAGGGCGCUAGGAAUGAGGGGUCGCGGAAGGGGUAUGCCCAGGAGAUAG